AAUGACAUAAGUACAUAUAGAACAACGUAACGAAGUGAAAUUGCAUCGCUCGCGUAAAUACACAAUUUUGUGAUGUUAUAGUAAUUCGUCAUUCGUGCAUAUUUUUGGUCAGACGUGGUUUAGCAUGAUGAUAUGAGUACGAAACAAUAUAAAUCAAAAGAAAUAUGUUACUAUCAAAGUGUGGUGACAAAUGUUUCGGAGGAGAAAGUGUCAUGUGAAACUGGAGAAUUGCCUUCAAUGAUGUGGAAGAGGUCGAUUGUGCAAGCGGUGGAGCGCGCUCGCGGCGUCGCGGCCCUGGCGCUAGCGCUGCUCGUGUUCACGAUGGUGUGCUCGUCGGUGCUGGGCGCGGACCUGGUGAUCGAGAUCCCGGGGUCGGGCGCGGAGGGCGGCCGCUACCGGCUGGACUACCGGCCGCCGCACGGCAAGCCGGCGCCCAACUACACGGUGCCCGCGCGCGCCUCCACCAUCAACUUCCAGGGACUGCCCGGUACCAAGUACCACUUCAUGCUCUAUUAUUCCAACGCCACAUUUGCGGACCUGCUCACGUGGAAUCAGACUAUCAUUACAGCGCCGGAGCCGCCCACCAACCUGACGGUGACGCUGGGCCGCAACAAACAGGCCACCAUCGGCUGGUCGCCGCCCCCUCACGGAGACUACACCGGCUUCCGCUUCAAGGUGAUCCCCCUGACGGACCGGCUGACGUCGGACACGGCCCGCAACAUUACGGUGGAGGGCGCCGGCAACUGGACGCACACGCUGCGCGAGCUGGCGCCCGGCGCCACCUACCAGCUGCACGCCUUCACGCUGCUGCACGACAAGGAGAGCGCCGCCUACGCCUCCAGGAACUUCACCACCAGGCCGAACACGCCGGGCAAGUUCAUCGUGUGGUUCCGCAACGAGACGACUCUGCUGGUGCUGUGGCAGCCGCCCUACCCGCCCGGACAGUACACGCAUUAUAAGGUGUCGAUCGUACCUCCAGACGCGUUAGAAUCUGAACAGUACGUGGAGAAGGAGGGGGAACCUCCGGGGCCCGCGCAAGCGGCGUUCAAGGGCCUGGUGCCGGGGCGGCCCUACAACAUCUCCGUGCAGACGGUGUCGGAGCCCGAGAUCUCGGCGCCCACCACCGCGCAGUACCGCACGGUGCCGCUGCGCCCGCGCAACGUCACACUCGACGCCGCCGCGCUCAGCGAGACCGGCUUCCGCGUCACCUGGCUGCCGCCGCAGGACGAGAGCGAGUUCGAGCGCUACCAAGUGUCGGUGGGGGGGUCGGCGGCGGGCGGGCGGCGGCCGGCGCCGGUGCUGCGCGCGCGCAACGACUCGGCCGCCGCCGCCUUCGAGGGGCUGGAGCCCGGCGCGCACUACACCGUCACCGUCAAGACCAUGUCCGGCAAGGUCACCUCCUGGCCCGCCUCCGCCGAAGUCACGCUCAAACCGCUGCCGGUUCGUGAUCUGAGCGGGCGACAAGUAGCCGGCGGCGAGGGCGUGGUGGUGUCGUGGUCGCCAGCGCCGGGAAGCACACAGGACGAGUACAAGGUGUCAUACCAUGAAGCGGGGCCCGCGCGCGACGACAGCAACACGCUGACGACGCCGACCAGCAAUGUGACGCUGGAGUCGUUGCUGCCCGGACGCAACUACACUGUCACUGUGUGCGCGGUGUCGCGCGGCGUGGAGUCGAACGAGAGCCAGGUGUCGGUGCUGACGCGGCCGCUGGCGCCCGUGCUGCUGCGCGCGGAGCCCGCGGCGCGCGCGCUGGCGCUGGCUUGGCGCUCGGACGUCAACUCGCGCCAGGAGCGCUACCGCCUGCGCUACCGCCGUCCGCAUCUCGCCAGCGCGCACCGCUACAAGGAGCUGGAGACGACGGAGACGAGCGCCGUGCUGGAGGACCUGUUCCCGGGCGCCGUGUACGAGAUCCAGGUGGAGGCGCUCAGCCACGGCCUGCACAGCGAACCCCACACCAUCCUCAAACCCGUCCGUCCCCUGCCGCCGACGCAGCUGUCGGUGGAGCGCGUGACGUCCAACUCCGUGGAGGUGAGCUGGCGCGGGCCGGACGCGGAGUCCGCGCUGGGGGAGUUCGUGCUGUCGUACCGCACGCAGGCGCAGCCUCUCGACGCGCGCCACCGCUCCGCGCCCGCCUCCGCCACGCGCAUGGAGAUCAGCAACAUGACGCACGGCGAGCGCUACCUGAUCUCGCUGGACACGGGCAGCGAGCCCGCGGACGGCGAGAGCGUGCUCAGCGGGCGCCCGCUCUCGCAGCUGCACACCGUGCGUCCGAACCCGGUGUCGAACGUGGCGGCGCUGGUGGACACGCGCAACAUGACGCUGGAGUGGCCGCGGCCGGGCGGCCGCGCCGAGCGCUACGGGCUGCGCUGGCGCGCGCUCGACCCUGAGGACGCCGCGCUGCCCGCGCAGGAGCGCAACCUGACGGCCGGCGGGGGCAAGUCGGUGCGCGCGCUGCUGGACGGACUGCAGCCCGGCACCGGCUACCGGCUCGAGAUCACCGCGCACUCCUACAACCUCACCAGCGACGUCUUCACCAUGGACACCAGGACCCGGCCGCUGAUCCAGUCGGAGAUGACGAUCGUCAACGAGUCCGGCGACCCCGACGCCGAGAACGAGACCUACUCUGCUACUCUGAAAGUGAUCUACACGCGCACGCCCGAGUCGGCGUCCCGCUUCGACGGCUACCGGUUCCGGCUGGAGGCGGGGGAGGUGGGGGAGGCGGGGGAGGCAGGGGAGGCGGCGCCGCGCGAGGAGCUGCGCGCGGCGGACGCUGCGUCGCAGCACGUGGUGUUCCGCGACCUCGUGCCCGGCCGCCUCUACAACGUCACCAUGUGGACUGUGGCGCGCAACGUGUCCUCGCAUCCCGUGCAGCGCCAGGCCCGCCUGUUCCCGCGUCCGAUCACGCAGCUGAACGCGACGGAGCUGGGCGCGCGCUUCGUGUCGCUGGCGUGGGACCGGCCCGCGGGCGACUUCUCGGACUUCGAGGUGCAGUACCUGGCGGCCGCCGACCAGCUGCAGACGCACUACACCGCGCGCACCGCGCUCACCGUGCCCGACCUGCGUCCGCACCAGCUCUACACCUUCACUGUUGUGGUGCGCGCGGGCACGCGGGGCACGAUCCAGACGCUGUCGCGCGCGUUCUCGGCGGCGUUCAGCACGCGCGAGGCCGCGCCCGGGCCGCUGACGGAGUUCCGGCUGGCCGACAUCGCGCCGCAAGCGCUCACGUUCGCGUGGGCGCUAGCGCCCGCCGCGCGCCACGGCGUGCUGCGCCGCUUCGUGCUGCAGUACGCGCCUGCGCACGCGCCGCCCGACCUCACCACCAUAUACUUCGCGCCCGACGCCACCUCGGGCCGCGUCGAGGGCCUGUCGCCCGGCGCGACGUACACGUUCUCGAUGUGGGCGGAGACGGGCGCGGGCGCGGGCGCGGCCACGCGGCUCACACACCACAUGCCGAUCGCGGCGCCGCCGCCGCCCGCGGCGCACGCGCUGCCGGCGGAGGUGCCCGGCUCGCGCUCCACCACCACCGUGGCGGUCAGGUUCCGCUCGGACUACUUCUCGGCGGCCAACGGCAACGUGACGGCGUACACGCUGGUGCUGGCGGAGGAGCCGCGCAACGACACGCCCGCGCGGCUGCCCAGCUGGCGCGACGUGCACCGCCUGCCGCUGUGGCCGCCCUACCAGGUGACGGAGCCGUACUACCCGUUCCACGGGUCGGCGGUGGAGGAGUUCACGAUCGGGUCGGAGCGCUGCGAGCGCGGCGGCCGCGCCUUCUGCAACGGCCCGCUGCGUCCGGGCUCGCGCUACUUCGUCAAGCUGCGCGCCUUCACCGCGCCCGACAAGUUCACCGACACUCACUACACGGUGCUCUACACCGAGGUGGACAACACGGCGUGGAUCGCGGGCGUGUGCGCGGGCGCGGCGCUGUGUGCGCUGAGCGCGGGCGCGCUAGCGGCGCUGCGCCGGCGCCGCGUCGCGCGCGCGUGCGCUGCGCUCGCGCAAGCCGCGCCCAAGCCCGAGCGGCCUGUGCGCGUCGCCGACUUCAUCGACCACUACCGCCUCAUGUCCGCCGACUCCGACUUCAGAUUCAGCGAGGAGUUCGAGGAGUUGAAGCACGUGGGGCGCGACCAGCCGUGCACGGCGGCCGACCUGCCGUGCAACCGGCCCAAGAACCGGUUCACCAACAUCCUGCCGUACGACCACAGCCGCUACAAGCUGCAGCCCGUGGACGACGAGGAGGGCUCCGACUACAUCAACGCCAACUACGUGCCCGGCCACAACUCUCCCAGGGAGUUCAUCGUCACGCAGGGCCCGCUGCACUGCACGCGCGACGACUUCUGGCGCAUGGUGUGGGAGUCGGGCUCGCGCGCCAUCGUCAUGCUCACGCGCUGCCAGGAGAAGGGGCGCGAGAAGUGUGACCGCUACUGGCCGUACGACACGCGGCCCGUGUACUACGGAGACAUCGCCGUGACGGCGCUCAACGAGAGUCGCUUCCCGGACUGGACCGUGACGGAGCUCAUGGUGUGUCGCGGCGCUGAGCAGCGCGUCGUCAAGCACUUCCACUUCACCACCUGGCCCGACUUCGGGGUGCCCGACCCGCCCACUACACUCGCCAGGUUCGUGCGCGCGUUCCGCGAGCGCUGCCCGCCCGACGCGAGGCCGGUGGUGGUGCACUGCUCAGCCGGCGUCGGCCGCUCCGGCACCUUCAUCACGCUGGACCGCGCGCUGCAGCAGCUGGCGGAGCACGCGGAGACGCUGGACAUCUUCGGCAUGGUGCACGCGAUGCGCAAGGAGCGCGUGUGGAUGGUGCAGACUGAGCAGCAGUACAUCUGCAUCCACCAGUGCGUGGUGGCCGUGCUGGAGGGCCAGGACCUCUCCACCAGCCACAACCACCACCACCACCACAACCCCGCCUUCGAAGGUGGCGGAUAGCCGACAACAGCACAGCCGGCGACACCGGCGCCAUCUCUGAUUCUAGACGACGAGGGCAUUGCGGAGUCCGGCAUGUAGCGGCCGCCGGCAUCCGAACCGGCAACGCAUGGAGAUACUCUACCAGAUGCAACUGUGGCUGAUGUCACACUGGACGUACUUUCGCUCAAAUGUCCACAGACUACACACAUUUUAUAUUAUGACGACGCUUCGUGAUGAGGAAGAUGUGAAAUUAAUUAGGAUAAUAUUAUCAACAGCUACUCUGGAACGCGACCUGAAGACCGGAGAAGCCCCGUCCACGCUAGGUGCCUAGUUACUUAAUUCCGUUCAGAUUAGUCUAUUUAUAUAUCGUUGUACAAUAGCGAUAAGAUUUUGAUAAAAGAAUAUAUUUUUAUAGGAUUAUAUUCCAGCAGAUGGCAGCGGACGAGUUUAUGUAUAUAAUGUAUAGAUUAAGUAUUAAUCCCGUACGCCGCUAGAUAUAUUGAUAUUUUUAUAAAAUGUAUAGACGUUGAUAUUUUUACGUAACUUGUUACAGACUAAAGUUGAACUAACGUACUUAAACUAACGUUGAAUCUCAAAGUUGUACUUAAUUUACUUAUCUCUGCUCAACUAUGAUUCCUUGUCUUAGAACUGGUGGCGGCGACCCAUGUGUGCGCGGCUCAUACAUUUGAUUUUUUAUUAGUUUUUUAGGGUUUCGAUCUGAUUCACUCUAGAACGUUUCUAAUUCUUACUAUUUUACAGGGCCUUAUUUCAAUGAAUUCAUAUUUAAUUUUUGCAGUGAAGAAAGAUAAAAAUAAAUGUUAUGUAACGAAGUAUCUAUUAUUUGACUAUAUUUACCACACUCGUCUCUACGUUCAAAGUCCGCUUCGAUAAUUUUUUGCGUCUUAACGUCAUAUUUGUUUUCAAAGCCAACUUUUGAACUGAAGAGGACUUCACACAGAAUCUAAACUUUCCACUAAAUAGCUUUGGCAAUAGCUGCGGCGCUAUUUCACAUCUCGCUCACAAAAGUCGUGCGUCGCCAUUGCCAGUAUCAUCCGGCCGCCGCGCUCGCUCGGGAUCGCAUUCACCUAACAUUCCUGUCGAUAACAUUCACCCGCUCUCAAGACAAAGUCCUCCUUAGACCUUACAUUUUUUAUUAACCUGACUUUAUCGAAUUUAAGCACACUCGAAACGAGUAAUGUACUAUAUCUUAAAUAAUAAAUUCGUUUUAUUUUUCUAA